GAUCUUUCUUCUCCUGCACUGAUUAGCCCAUUCACAGCUAGGAAAGACUUUGUGACAGAUCCUAUCUGACUCCAGUGAUCUCUGCAUCUUCCUGAAGUGAUCCAAGUCAGCACAGAGAGAUGCAAACCACAGUUUUCAGCAUGUGCCUGGUUGCCAUGGCGUUUGCCAACCCUGUGCGGAAAGCUAGAGAUGUAUCUACAAGCAUGGAGAGCCAAAACUUCAAUCAACUAAACCCACUUGGAGACCCCUUUCUGUUUAGAAAUCUCGGGCCCUAUGGGCGAAGACACAAUUCUAUAAAUCGCUUCUUAAACACCAGGUUACCAUACUAUAACUUUAAUGGCCAGCAAUUUCCUUUCUACAAUCCAAACCAGCGAUUUCACUAUUUUCCUGGGCAACAAUUUCCCUUCUACAAUCCAAACCAGCAAUAUCCUUACAAUGGCAAUUAUCCUAAUCAGCGAUUUCCUUAUUAUCAGAACUUCUUCCCUACUUAUCCAGUGACGAGACAAAAUGUUUUGGGAGUAAAUGUCGGACAAAUGGAUGCUCCCAGCAUGAGUAUGGAGGACACAACCAGUAUGGAAGAUAAUCUGAUCACCAUGCCCUUUGGAAAUGUGCCUUUUGAUGGAUCAGAUUAUGGUGUACCUUUUCUACCAGGUAAUGAAGACCCCUUUCUACCAGAUAAUGUGGGACCUUUUAUACCAGAUAAUGAAGACCCCUUUCUACCAGGUAAUGAAGACUCCCAUUCACCAGAUAAUGUGGGACCUGUCACACCAGAUAAUGAAGACCCCUUUCUCCCAGGUAAUGAAGACUCCCAUUCACCAGAUAAUGUGGGACCUGUCACACCAAGUGUUGACACCAAUACUCUGGAUGUCGGGGUUGACCAGCUGAACUCCCAGGAACCAGCUACUGAUGUUUCGAAUCCAGAGCAACCUGUUCUCCCAUACUCCGAAUCUGUGCAAGGAGUGGACUCACUCGGAUCAGAUGUUGAAGGUGCUUCUGUAAUCAGUGAGAGCAACAAGGGGAUGAGCCGACACAACACAAUCUCUGAACCGACCAGAUUGGGCAUUAACCAUGAUGGAUACAUAAAUAACGAGCAAUUUGCCAAUCAGCAAAUGUCAAAUGGAAACUUGGAUGAAGGUGAUCAAGCUGAACAGGAUGAGAUCCAAGAUAUUGUUACCAACACAAUGGGUGUGAACCCACUGGCCUCUUCCCAGGAUAAUGAUGGUGAUGAACUUGAAUCCAAUUUUGACGUAGUAGAAGCCAACGAGGAUGAACUGGAUUCCCAGGAACAGGAUACCACUCAGUCCAAUGAAGAAGAUCUUAAUGAGUUUAAUGAUAUAAAUGCCCAGGAACAGGAUACCACUCAGUCCAAUGAAGAAGACCUUAAUGAGUUUAAUGAUGUAAAUGCCCAGGAACAGGAUACCACUCAGUCCAAUGAAGAAGAUCUUAAUGAGUUUAAUCUACCAGGUUCAAAUGAUGACGAAGACCCUGACCUUGAAGAUAACAACAGCAUUAAUUCCUUUACCAACGGUGGUACUGGUAUCAAUCGAGCGAACACUGCAGAUUCCAAUCUCCAUGAUAAUGAGGUUAAUGGAAUUAAUUUCAGUGAGAACAAUGGAACUGGUAUCAAUCCCGUUGGAAAUGGUGAUGGAGCCAAUGAAGAUGCUGGCAGUAUAACCAAUAACAUACAAAAUGAAGUCGAUUCCUGUAAGAAGAAUCGCUGUCGCCAUGGCAGGGUCUGUAAGAUCAAUGAGAUUGGAACCCCCACUUGCAUUUGCCAGGAUGUGACAACCUGCCCCAUAAACACUCCUGAAUUUGCACAGGUGUGUGGCACUAACAACAGGACAUACAGAAACCCUUGUGAAUUCUUUGCUUCCAAGUGUCAUCUUGAAGAAACCAAGGAGGAACAUAACAUUCACCUGGACUACAUGGGACCCUGCAAAUACAUUGCUCCAUGCAUGGACAACGAACUGAUUGAGUUCCCUCUGCGUUUGCGUGAUUGGUUGAAAAACAUUCUGAUACACGUGUAUGAACAAUCUCCUGGUCUACUGUCUCCGAAAGAGAGAACAGCUAUCCAGGAAAUCUACAAUGAUGAGCAGCGUCUCGAACCUGGAGAUUACUCUCUUGACCAGCUCUCUGAUGACUUCAAUCGGAAUUACCAUAUGUACAUCUACCCAGUUCACUGGCAGUUCCAACAGCUGGAUCAGCACCCUAUUGAUGGUUACCUUUCCCAUUCUGAACUGGCACCUCUCCGUACCACAUUAGUCCCCCUGGAGCACUGUUCAUCAGACUUUUUCACAGGCUGUGACCUCAACAGAGACAGAGGCAUCUCCCUGUCAGAAUGGGGCACGUGCUUCGGCAUCAAAGAAGAGGAUCUUAAUCCCAACUUUACCUCCUAAGAUGAUGACUAACUACACUCGGGAGGGUUUUGGAUGUAAACGUUGAUUCCUGUAUCUGACAGUCUUUGAUCUAUCUAGAUGCUACCGAUGGACAGUUAAUGUCACCUUCAUCACUGGAAAUAUUCAAAGAAAAAUACCCCUUUCUUUUUGAAACUUCAAUAAGUUCAUUUCAUCUGGGGCAUAAGGCUUUCUGGUGUUAUAUAGAAUAGGUAAUACAAAAUGCUGACCAAUGCUCAGGGAUCAUUGUGAUUUUUUUCCCAAGUUGGCUGCACACCUGGAAGAAUUUCAGCUGCAACUAUCACUAACAUCAAUUACUAUUAUUAACAUCGUUAACUAGUAAAUAUCAGGGCACUUUGGUGUAGCAUCAAUACAGAAUCAUCCAAGACAUGAGUAUCCCUGUUAAAGGGAGCAAUCAGGGCAUCAAUCUUGACAAGUUUAUAUAUUAAUAUUGAUAUAAUUAUAGAUGU